CUCGCUCUGCUGGUGCCAGUCUGGUCCGCGGCCACGAUGGACGCGCUGCCGAGCCUCCUGCUGGUCCUGGUGUUCGGGGCGAGCCUGCACCCCAACACCGCUCUCCAGUGCCACUGCGACCGCUGCAGUGCCAACUCAAGCUGCACCACAGAUGGCGUCUGCUACGUUGCCAUCCGGAAGUCGGGUAGCGAGCUGUUCAGGGAGCCACGCCAGUGCGUGGCCGAAAACGAGCUGAUCCCCCGAGACCGGCCCUUCAUCUGCGCCCCUUCCAACAAACAGGAGAGCGGCAUUCUGCCAAUGUGCUGCCAAUCGGAUUUCUGCAACAAAGACCCUCCAGAUCCGCGUUUCCCUGAGCCGUCGGUACCCAGUCCUACCCUGGGACCCGUGGCCCUGGCAGCGGUGAUUGCCUGCCCGGUGUGCGUCUUCUGCCUGCUGCUGGUCUUGGCCUUCUACAUCUGCCACAGCCACAGGGGCCUGGGGGCCGGGGUUGCUGGGGCCCACCACCGCGUGCCCAACGAGGAGGACCCCUCCAUGGACCACCCCUUCAUCACGGUUGGAACCACGCUGAAGGACCUGAUCUACGACCUGACCACCUCAGGCUCCGGGUCAGGUCUGCCGCUGCUGGUGCAGAGGACCAUCGCCAGGACCAUCAUCCUGCAGGAGAGCAUCGGGAAGGGCCGCUUCGGGGAGGUGUGGCGGGGGAAGUGGCGCGGUGAGGAGGUGGCCGUGAAGAUCUUCUCCUCUCGGGAGGAGCGCUCCUGGUUCCGCGAGGCCGAGAUCUACCAGACGGUGAUGCUGAGGCACGAGAAUAUCCUGGGCUUCAUCGCUGCUGAUAACAAAGAUAACGGGACGUGGACGCAGCUGUGGCUGGUGUCGGACUACCACGAGCACGGCUCUCUGUUCGACUACCUGAACCGCUACACCGUCACCGUGGAGGGCAUGAUCAAGCUGUCGCUGUCCACGGCCAGCGGACUGGCCCACCUCCACAUGGAGAUCGUAGGCACUCAAGGAAAGCCGGCCAUCGCACACCGAGACCUGAAGUCCAAGAACAUCCUGGUGAAGAAGAACGGGACGUGCUGCAUCGCCGACCUGGGCCUGGCCGUCCGCCACGACUCCGCCACCGACACCAUCGACAUCGCUCCCAACCACAGGGUGGGAACCAAAAGGUAUAUGGCUCCGGAGGUCCUGGACGACUCCAUCAACAUGAAACACUUUGAGUCCUUCAAGCGAGCCGACAUCUACGCCAUGGGCUUGGUCUUCUGGGAGAUCGCCAGCCGCUGCUCUGUGGGAGGCAUCCAUGAGGAUUACCAGCUGCCCUACUACGACCUGGUGCAGUCAGACCCAUCGGUGGAGGAGAUGAGGAAGGUGGUUUGUGAGCAGAAGCUUCGGCCCAAUAUUCCAAACCGCUGGCAGAGCUGCGAGGCUCUGCGGGUGAUGGCCAAGAUCAUGAGGGAGUGUUGGUACGCCAACGGUGCCGCCCGGCUCACCGCCCUCCGGAUCAAGAAGACCUUGUCUCAGCUCAGCCAACAGGAGGGAAUCAAGAUGUAGACCCGACUA